ACUCGUGACAAGUUGUUGUUACAGAUGUUGUGGUGCUGCGCUGCUCGUGUGAACUUGCAUGAAACUAUGGCUAUUAGUACUUUGUGAUUUUUUGUUGUAAAUUUCACUCAUUUCCUUUCCUUAGCACUGCAUAUUAAUGCAGAUGAAUGAAUGCGUUUCUGGUGAUGAAGACUGCCGCACGAAGAGUUUGCUUUAGUGGAAACGUUUGCAAUACGCUAUUUCUGGUGGAAGCUUGAAAGAUUCUCAACUCUAAUCGGUUGUGAGAUGAUAGAGCGGUGAAGUUUGUGCUAAUACCCCAGAAAGUUAUGUGUGUUAAUACUCCCUGCCAUUGGCUUGUUACUUCACCCUUUACGCAGAAGGAACCAUCCUGCCAAGGGCGAGCGGCUCCUGGGUGGAGGACUGCUAAACUUUGCUCGGGUUAAUGGAAGCAACUUUGCCACUGAUCUAUGAGCAGUUAACUUUGCUGAGGAGGAAGUAAAUGUGUCAGGUGAGCCGGUAGCGUGUCCCGUUACUCAUUAGGGUAUCACCCAGGAGAAAUGAUAAAAAUUAAUUGACAAUUGCAGUUUUUAGUGACACUGGUUUUGAUAAUAGGGUGUGCUUGUGUGUGGAGGUGUAUCAAUGUGUGGGCAUGAGUGGGUGAGUGUGCCACCAUGGACUGUAUGAGAGGGCCACCAUGGACUGUAUGAGACCCUGGCCAACAGUCUGUCCAAUUGUUUUCCAGGCAGCUGGGGACAGCACAGCAGUUGUUCCACAAUACCUUCCACAAGAGAAUGGAUAUUCCUGAAGGAGCCGUUGUACAGCAAUAUAAGAAAAGGUGAACUUCAGCUCUGUUUCGAUCGCAAGGAGAACACGAUACCUUCACAAACAUAAUUUGCAGCUUGCUGGGCAGGGCCACAUCCAUUAGAUUGUGUGUGUGGUCUUGCUCCCUCGUUGAGAUGUGGUUGCCUCAGCCUGAGGAUCCUCCCUUUCUGACUGUGGGAACAGAGGUAUCUGCCAAAUACAAGGGUGCUUUUUGUGAGGCUAAGGUCCACAAAGUUGUAAAAGUCGUUAAGGUCAAGGUGACAUUUAAAUUGGGCUUGGGAUCUACAGUGGUAUCUGAUGAUCUUGUGAAAGGUGUUCUGAAAAUUGGAGCCCAAGUCAAAGCCAGCCAUCCAGAUAAAAAUCAGUAUGUUGAUGCCAUUGUGAAUAAGAUUCAGGACUGUAGUCAGUAUACUGUUGUUUUUGAUGAUGGUGAUAUUACAACACUACGUCGAACGUCGCUGUGUUUGAAAAGUGGUAGACAUUUUGCUGAAAGUGAAACACUGGAUCAAUUGCCUCUGACACAUCCCGAGCACUUUGGUACCCCAGUUGGAGGAGCAAGGAGAGGACGUAGAUCCAGACAGAACCAGGAAGGUGAUGAUUCUGGUGGUGAUGAUGAUGAUGAUGUACACAAGCGACAUCGUUCUCGGCGGGACGAAUGGGAAUCCGAUAUUGGAAAGGUUGUUUGUGUUGAACUUGGAGAUAAGAAAAAACAGAAAGAUAAUUGGUUUCCAGGGUUAGUUGUUGCCCCUACAUCCCAAGACUCUGUCAAGAUUGAGACCAAGAAAGAUUACCUUGUCAGAUCUUUCCAAGAUGGAAGAUAUUAUACAGUGCCAAAAAAGGAAGCCUCGCCAUUCAGUCGUGAGGUUGGAAGUAAGGUUUCUCAGAGUGCUCUAAAGAUAGCAGUAGAAAAAGCCCUCCUCUUUAUGACAAAUGAUGAACUUCCACCUCACUGGGAUCGGGAUUUACUCUUCGGCAUGGAUGUGUCAGAUGAUGAUUCGGACAGAGAAGGAUCGGAUUCUGAUAGUUCGGAUGACGAGCCAAGAGAAGAGAAGGACCACUUUGUUGCUCAACUUUACAAGUUUAUGGAAGAAUGUGGGGCACCAAUCAAUAGUGGACCAACUGUAGGCAAUAAGGAUCUAGAUCUUUACAAGUUAUUUAAGGUAGUACAGAAACUUGGAGGAUAUAACCGUGUGAUGAACCAAAAUCAGUGGAAAGUGGUGUCCAAUAAGAUGCAGCUUCAGAGUCUUGGAUCCCAGGCGCCAAAUCAUAUUAAAGCUGCUUAUAAAAGGUACCUCCAAAGUUUUGAGGAAUUUUAUCGUAAGCUCGGCUGCACCAUGGUCAGCAAUCCGCGUGGAUCUCGCACAAGGCACCGUUCAGGUAGAAGCUUGAUCCGUGACUGUGACCGAACACCUCGUGCAUCCAAGAAGAAAGAAAAUGAUAGUUGCGAGUCAACAGAGGAUGAAACGGAAAAGAAGGAAGAGGAGGAGGAUAUAAAAAAAGCAGAUAAAAAAAAAUAUGAGAAAGAUGAUGCUAAAAAAAUUGAUGAGAAGAAGGAAGGAGACAAGAAAGAACCUGACAAAAAGGAAAUUGAUAAAAAAGAAGUUGAAAAGAGGAAAGAUGAGGGAAAAGUUGCAAAAAAUUCUAAGCAAGACACGCAAAAAAUUCUGGAGCAAGAGCCAGCAGUAACAAGAGAGAGGUCCAAAGAGCCAUUGUUAACAAGAGAGAGGUCCAAGGAGCCAACAUCAAGGGAACGCUCUAAAGAGCCUGGUUCUGUAAGGGAAUGCUCUAGAGAACCUGGCUCCAUAAGGGAGUGCUCUAGAGAGCCUGGUUCUGUUAGGGAACGCUCUAGAGAGCCUGGUUCUGUUAGGGAACGCUCUAGAGAACCUGGUUCUGUUAGGGAACGCUCUAGAGAGCCUGGUUCUGUUAGGGAACGCUCUAAAGAGCCUGGUUCUGUUAGGGAACGCUCUAAAGAGCCUGGUUCCAUAAGGGAGCGUUCCCGUGAACCAACAACAACAAGAGAAAGAUCUCGAGAACCAUCAGUAAACAAAGAUAGAAGUAAGGAGUCUGCAAGUGCAAAAGAUGUCACAGGAGAGUCUUCUGUACCAAAAGAAAGGUUAAGAGAACCUAGAACACCCAGAUCUGAAGCAAAAACCAGAGCUGCCAUAGCAAAAAAUGAAGGUGUUGAAGUGAAGACAAGAGCUAGUGCCAAAGAAGAAAAAGUUGAUUGUUUAGAAGUGAAAACACGUUCUAGUAUUAAGGAUGAUAAGAAAGAGGACAAGAAGGAAAAGAAAGAGGAAACUGAUCAAGGAGGAACUGAAGAGAGAGAGAGAGAAAUGGCUCAAACUCGUUCAUCAUCAAAACAACGUGAAGAAGGCCGUGACAAAGAAGAAUCUGUAAAAAAAAAUGGUACUCCAACAAGAAAAACUAAAGUAGAGCGUGCUGUCAAUAUUGCCACUACCACUACUGUACCUGUUGCUGCUACCUCUGCUGAUACUUUUGCUGCUGUUACUGCUGCAGCUUCUGCUACUGCUACUCCACCUGUUGUUUCAACAACAACAGCUAUUGUUGCUGUUAAUGUCUGCACUACUCCUAUUCCUACUCCAACUCCAACUCCAACACCUGAGAAUGAGGAGGAAGAGGAGGAGGAGGAGGAGGAUGAUGAUGAUUCUACAGUGUCGAGCACGCCUACUUCUUCCACUGUUCAAAGUUCCAGUACCACUCCAUCUGUAAAUUCCAGUGAUAAGAAGGCAAAAAAGAGCAAAAUAGGUAAAGUUGGUCCAGGACAUACAUCAGUCCCAUUGCCAGCUGAAGAUUCACCUGGUGCUAAGAAACGAGGCCGUAAAAAGAAGGUGGAAGGGGAAGUGGAGCCGCCAUUGGGGAAGGCACUUAUACCUGCACACGUUCCUGUGAGUGUUGGAGAUAAGCUACGAGUGCUUUACGGACCUAGUGCUAAAGAAUCAAAGGUCACAUAUGAAGCAAAGGUGUUAGAGGUAGAAGAAGAAGGCAAUGCACCAAUGUACUAUGUACAUUAUCUUGGCUGGAAUACGAGAUAUGAUGAAUGGAUUAGAAGACCUCGUAUUGCAGAAAACAUCACUUGGUCACAGAAUAGAGCAAGGAAAGGCAGGGCUGCUGCUACUAAAGAACUGAAAGAAAAGAAGGAGAAAGAGAAAGACUCCAAGAAGGAAGAUAAAGAACAAGUUCAGUCUACGGCUUCUCCAAAAGCAAGUAUUGUUAAAAGAGGACGACCACCUGGCAGUAUGCGUGAAAGACGUGAAAGUGAACGCAGUGAAAAAAGUGACACUAGCUGUACAAGCAGUGUCUCAGGCCCUAGUACAAGGGCUACACGAGAUAGGGGACUUUCACAGCCAGAUAGUCCUUCUUCUUUAGAUCAGAGACGUACUAGACAACCUAUUACCGGUGCAACAGAAAGUGACAGUGAAGAUUAUGAAUCGGAUGCAGAUACUGGUUCAGAAAAAUCUCGCACCCGUACUAGUUCGGAGCGACGUAGUACUGCUGUGUCAACAUCAUCAUCGGCGUCUUCCACUCCUACCUCAGAACCCGCCACAACAAAUAAUUCUAGCAUGGAAAAACAUUCUACGGAACCUCAGAUUAAAACACAAGUAGUUGAAAUAAAGGAAGAGGAGGAAGAGCAGGAGCCCUGUGGAAAGGAUAUUGAUUUGAAUGCCAUUAUGUCAGAAAUGAAGGGACUUGAUAAACCCAUUAAGAAAGAGGAAGACCGUAUUUUAAGAGAAGCAACCCCAAGAUUAAUAUCACCAGUGAUGCCUUCCACAUACUCUGUUCCUGAAAAGAAAACUUCAGAAUCUCCUAUAAAGCAGUCCAUAGAAAAUCUUCCUAAGAAGAUUACAGAGUCUCCAAUAAAGCCAGUUGUACAAGAUCCAUCAAAGCUUUUAUCUCCAAAGUUAGAAUCUCUAGAAGAUGAUAUUUAUGAAUUUAAAGAGCCAGAACCAUUUGAUUUUGGAGAGAUGCGUGCAAGAAAAGAUGUUAGAAUAAAAGUGAGUGUUGGUGUUGUGGGUGCUGAAGAAACUGAAGCUGAUGGUAAGCUUAAGAAAAAGGGUAGACCUAGAAAAGAUAUGAAAGAAGGAGAGGGUGAUAAGACAGAGUCUGAUAGUGAUACUUCACCGAGUCCUCAAAAGAGAGUGAUUAUACCAAGGGAAACCAGGGAAUCACCAGUUAAGCGUUCUAUUCCAGAUUGUAGGGAGAGUCUGCCUAUACAGUCAGAUGGAAAUCUAACUCCUGAAAAAAAAGAUUCCACAGAUGUAGCCAGAAUUAUAUCACCACCUCGAAAAGUUGCUUUGAAAAGGGAUACGCCAGUGAAGACUGAACAGACAGUUGCACAAGUAACAGAAGCAAAAGUUACUAAGCCAGAAUUUCCAAAGUGUCCCUCACCAAAAUCAUCACAGCCAGAUACUUGUAAGUCACCAUCUCCUUUAAAGGAGCCUGUUAAAUUACAUAUGAUUCCCUUGAAAACCAAACCAUUGACUAAUAUUGAACGACCAGUCACAUCACUUUCAAAGUGUGUUGGUCCUUCUUCACAUGUUCUUGCUCAGACCGUCAUACCUGUUAUCGAAUCUAAAGCCUUGGCUAAGCCUAUUUUUAAGCAAGCAUUUGAUAUUAAAAUUGAGAAGUCAGUUAUGUCCACCAAGAUAGAUGAAAAAUUAGAAGCUAAAGUUAUUCCCUUCUCACAGAGACAACAGCAUAUAUUUCCUCACCUUUUGAAUCGUUCAGAAACUAAUGAAAAAGUAAAGGACCUACAGCCAAAAGUUUCUCCAUCAUGCAUGCAGUCUCCAUCCAGAGAAACAACACCAAAUUGUGAGUCAGGGUCUGUAAGUCAAAGUGAAUCUGAUGUUGAUAGAAUAAAGAGAGAGAGUUCAGUAGAAGAGAGCAUAGAAGCUGUUGUAAAAAGAGCACGGAAAGAUCAGGAGGAUCAAGAGGAUUGUAACGCUGGCAUCGGUAAUAAACUCAGUCCAGACAAGAGGAGAAGGACAUCAGGCAGAGUGAAGAAAGUCUUGAGUCGUGAAUUUGUCCCAGAUACUUCUGAGGAAUCUGACUCUGAUAGUAGACAGUCAAGACCUGAUAUGGAAAAGAUUAGGCAAGGAAGAUUAUGUGGUGAAGGAGAAAAAGUUGUGCAUAUCAGUAGAGGGCAGAAACUGGUAUCAGAUGUGGAGAGGAAAAAUGGAAGUAAAAAAGAUGAAGAUUUAGAUGAUGAUAAUGGUAACAAUGAGGUAAUAGAUGAAGAGGAGGAGGAGGGGGCGGAGGAUGAGGAUGGAGAGGAGGAAGAUGAAGGAGAGGAGGAGGAGGAGGAGGAAGGAGAAGAGGAAGAAGAGGAGGAAGAGGAAGAGGAGGAGGAUGAAGAUGAGGAAGAGGAAGAGCCAGAGCCAGUUAUUGAAGUUAUAAAAGGUAAAUUAAACAGAGAAGAAUUAAGCAAUAUAAAAGAGGAAGAAGAGCAGGAGGAGGAGGAGGAUGAUGAUGCAAGACAACUUAGAAAAAAGGUUAGGGCUUCUGCUGCACCAAAACAAGUAGAAGAAGAAGUAGAAACGGGUUUAGGUGAUUUACUAUGCAAAGAAACUAUUCCACCAGGUAGCCCUAUGACGCACGAUGCUGCUGUUACUGAUUCAGAGCCUCAGCAACCUCCAGAUUUAAAGAAUGAAAUGCCUUUUGCCAGUGUUCCUACAGGCAGUAGUUUUGGAAAAAGAGGGCCAGUUCCUGUUGGUCAAACAGUAACAUCUGCUUCUCAUCAAACUCCAGCAAUGCAAUCUCCACAGCUUCUUUCACAACAGCAAUUACCUCCCCAACAACAGCAGCUACAGCAGACUUUAAAACAGUCACAACAAAUGCCUAUACAACAAAAACAUCAACUGUUGAUACCUCAGGUACACCAGCCCUGUCAUCAAAAGCUCCAACAAACACAGCAGCAUGUUCAACUUCAACAAAAAACUCAGCAGUCACAAGUACAACACACCCAAUUACAAAAACAGCAGCAUGUUCAGCAACAGACCACACAACAGCAUACUCAACAGGUACAGCACCACCCACAGAUACAGCAGCACUCUCAAACACAAAAUCCAGGACAAAAGCAGCAUAUGCCAGGACAACUGCAGCAACAUUUGCAAGGGCAUCAACAGCAACACACUCAAGUUCAACCGCAGCAAAAUCUUCUGGGGCAACAACAAAAACAUGGACAGGUGCAACAGCAGCAGAAUUCACAGAUAUUGCAGCAGCAGCCACAGCAAGGUCCUCAACUGCAGCAACAACAUAAUCCUCAAGUUCAUCCACAAGUUUCACAGGUGCAGCAGCAGAUUAAGGUUCAACACCAGGUUCAACAGCAGCAACAAACACCUUUGAAAGUUCAUCAGCAUCACCACCAUGUUCAACAACACCACCACCCGCACCCAGCUCAACAAAGUCACCAAGUUCAGCAACCACAAAUCCAGCAGCAACCACCUCAACAUCCUCCACAAUAUUCAUAUUCACAGCAUAGCCAACAACCAGUGCAGCGUCAACAUCAGGAACAGGUGCAGCAGCAGUACCAGCACCACCAAGAGCAAAUUCAGCAUCAAGACCAGCAAUACCAACAGAUAUCAAGGCCUGUGCCAAGUGUUAGUAAUACAAUACAUAACCCAGGCUUAGCUGUAGUAGCUGCAGCAGCUGCAUCAGGAAAUACUAGAAAUUGCAGCGGCAUUAAUGGGUCAGUUGGUGCUUCAGCUGGACCUUCUACAUCUGGUAAUGGUCCUCCUCUAGCAGGAAGUGGGAGUGGUCAAUCAUCAGCUCAAACAACUGUCAUGGACAAUACUCCUCCAACUACACCAGAGAGCAUUAUCUCAAAUAUAUCAGAUUCACCGAGAGGGGAUAAUGAGACGGCAAAGUUGGACGAAUCCAGCAAAUCUGGCCGAGAUUCUUCUGAAGUGGAAUUGGAAAGUUUAGGGGAGACAAUCAAGAUUGAUCAGUUUUCUGAAGAUUCCAAUACUAUGGAUAGUACCCUGGGCAGUGAACCACGACGCCGUGGUAGAUUAAAUCCACCUGUUAAACGCCAGCAUGAAGGACAUCUUGUUCAGAUUAAUAUACCUGAUGUGGAAGGUUCUGAGACUGAAGAGGGCAGUUCCACUCCAGCUGCCCCAAAAAGGCGACGGCGAGGACCAAGAGCUCGAGCGUGUAAUGAUCCUGAGGAUGAAGAAGGUACUAGAAAAGGAAAUAGCCAGGGAACGUAUAUUGGACGCAGAAGGCGACGACACUCGUCAUCUCGUGGAGACCAAGGUGGUGCUUGCUGGGAUUCAAAUCUUGCAGUUGUGUCAGGGUUUGUCGAGCCAGAUACAAGAGCUGCUAGAGAAGCAGGGAUUUCCUCCCAUUCAAGACAAGCUCUUCAAGUUGAUGAUGAUCCAGAGACGAGUGGACUGUCAGCUUUAUCUCUUGCUUGCAGUGCUGCAAGACGUUCCAGAUACAACUUCUGUCAGGAGUUAGACCCUGACUUGGAUGCUUCUAAGAGGAUAGCAGUUUUACAGUCCAGAAUUCAGGAGCUGAAGAGGACAUAUAUGCAAGUUAAAACUGAACUUGCCUCAGUUGAACGUAGAAGGAAAAAGCUUCGUCGGAAAGAACGUGAAAAAGAAACGAAGACUGAACCUACUUAACAAGAUGUGGGUAUGAUAGUGUGCAGUCAUCUGUGAUUUAUAGUGGUCAGCAGUGUUUGCUGUAAGUGGAUGGAUGGAUCUCAGUAGUCUUGUGUAAGCAUUGCUCAGUGACUUGUUAGCCUUUAAGGUAACAUUCAGAUAAGUUUUAUUUGUAAAAAAUUUCAUCAAGCUAUGUAAUUUUUUUAACUUAGUCUUAUGUUCAUGUUUUAUGUUUAAAAUGAAUUUUAACUUACAAUUGUUGUGUAUCAGCAAUGAUAAGGCUAAUUGAGUGCCUUGGUGUUUGUGUUUGGGUUCUCAAAGCUAAAUAAACUGAUAUGGUUAUUAAAAAGGCUGAGCUUGUUUACUGUGAAUAAGAGCUUUAAUAUGAAGAGAUUUAUGUGGGCCAUAAGCAGUGAUAAGCUUGUGUACAGUUCAGGCAGGUAAUACUUUUGAUUGUUCUCUUGUCCAAAGCUGAAGCUUGAAUAUAAAGGUGAAUGAUUUGCCUUGCUCGCUGAUUUACUGUUAAAAGUUGGAAUUUAGACCACAGUUGUGUACAGAUGUAUAAGUGUACAUAAGACACACUCGUGAUACUUAAAAUACUUUUUUAUUGUUAUCUUUUAUAGGGUAGUGUACCAGAAACUUCAGUUCUUUUUAGUAUUGUAAAACUAAUUUUAAAAGAAUGCCUUUGAGAGAAUUAUGUAUAUUGUGAGUAAUAAGUGAAUGGAUGAAUGGUGUUUGAAAGGAAGAGUAGUGUGUUAUAUCAAACAACAAAGUAUUUAUGAAAAUUUGUAAUAUUUUUUAUACGGACUUUAAACAUUUUUUACUCAAUAUCUUCCUUAUUCUCAAAUAGACAAGAUGUCUCCUGUGAAGUACAAGUUGUACAUGGGUAUUUGCAUGAACCAGGUCAAAUAUGUUUAUCUGUAAACCUUACCAUGUUUACUCAUGUCAGCUCUAAUUUGACUUGUUGGUCAAUGUUUAUCUUCAGCACAUUACUAUUUCAGAGUAAUUUAUUUAUGGAUGAUUGAAGCCUUAAGUUCUGCAGAUUUUUAGAUCUUAAUGUUAGCUAAUCAGAGUACAGCUUUACAUGCUCAAAAUUAACCUUUCAUCCUCCAUGCUAAACUCUGAUUCCUAACUCGGUGUUUUGGCUUGGUUUGAUAGCAGAAUAUCCAUGCUGUUUCUUUUAAACUUUAAUAGAGUGGCAUAAUCAUAGAAUUACAGUGAUUUACAUAAUUAAAAAAAAUUUAGUUUUAGGAAUAAGUAGGUCAUUUGCUUCACUUAACAAUAGUAGUGUAUUUGUCCUCAGUGAUGCCAAGGCUUAAUAAAUUAUUGUUAACACCAGUAUACCUUGACAAGAGGUUCUCCUUGCCAUAGCAAUACCUUGUCAUACCAUAACUCAAGGAUAGUGCUCUACAUAUCUAUUCACUGCAAUACAGUAGCUCUGAAGAAAGUAAGGGAAGUUAAUCAUUUUGCUAGAAGGACAUUGUAAUUAGUGGUCAAGCCUGUUUUGUUAAGUUUUACUAGUUCUCUAAAGCUAAUCUUCUUUUUGGUUGUAUGGGUUUAGGAGAGGGGUGCAUAUGAUGUGUUUUGUGAUGGCAGUACAUAUUUUGGGUUAUAUAUGUGGUUGGAAGAAGGUGUAGAGUUUGAGUUGAGGGAUUAAUAUUUAUUGGGAACUGGCAGGGAGGAGGGGAUGCAUUGUGUAAUGAGAGGGCAUUCCAUAAGUGUGUGUGUGUGUGUGUGUGUGUGUGUAACUACACCCAAGUGUAGUUACAGGAUGAGAGCUAUGCUCGUGGUGUCCCAUCUUCCCAGCACUGUCAUAUAACGCUUUGAAACUACUGACGGUCUUGGC